AUGGGUGCACAGGAGUCCUUGAAAGUAGACAUACUGUCUGUAGUAUGCGCCUUGUUGCUGCUGUCUUACAGUGCUAGCAAUGGCGAUUGCGCAGUAUUGAGGCCGAACGACAACAGCGACCUCCUUUCGCUGCUUGAUUUCAAGCAGGCAAUCACCAAGGAUCCAACAAGGGUCUUGAGCUCCUGGAACAGAAGCGUCCACUUCUGCAGAUGGAAGGGUGUCACAUGUACUCCAGAUACUGAUAGUAUCCCACAAAGACAAAGGCGUGUUGCAGCGCUCCAACUUUCUGCUCAGAGCUUGGAGGGGCACAUAUCGCCAUCUCUUGGGAAUCUGACAUCCCUCGUUGCUCUUAACCUAUCCACAAACAGCCUAACUGGGCAGCUACCGCCUCUCUGCGCGCAUCUGCGCAAGCUGCAAGUCCUUGACCUUAGCAACAACCUUUUGCAGGGCAUAAUCCCUGAUGGAAUUUCAAAUUGCUCUGAACUUAGAAAGCUUGACUUGUAUGGGAACUCCCUGCAUGGCAGUGUUCCCAAAGAAAUAGGUCUGCUUUCACGUCUCUCUGUUCUGGAGCUUUCCCUGAACAAUUUCACCGGGAUCGUCCCUGAAACACUCGGCAACUUAAGUUCCCUUGAAAUACUCCAUAUUACUGACAAUCUACUUGUUGGAAGCAUUCCAAGCCAACUUGGGAGACUAUCAAAGAUCAUGUACUUUCUCCUCGGGGGCAAUAGGCUAUCAGGUAGAAUACCAAUAUCCCUCUUCAAUCAUGCUCAUGCAACCACUCGGUUCUUCUGCUGUUUAAGUUUGGAUGAAUUGACCACCAUGGUAGAUAGAUAG